CAACCCAAGCAAAGGGGGAAUCUCCCGAAUCUCCCAUUCCAGGGGUCUCCGCCUGCGCGUGCGCCCCGUCGGCCUCCGGCUUUCAAGGGUUUCGCCGCUGGCGAUGGACCCACCGGCGGGAGGCUCUACCGAUCGCCGGGGAGCCGUGUCCGGCGCCUCCGCCGGUGCCGCGUCGUCCGGCCUCCGCCGGUACGGCCUCAACUUCUCCGCAUCCAGCCUUCUCCAGGCUCCGCUCGCCGCGCUGCUCGAGUACUCAGGCGUCGUUCCUUCCGGGCCGCCAUCGCAGACGGUACACCAGGCGGUCCCUUCGUCGUCGUCUGAGGCCGACGGGCUACUUUCCGCCGCUGCGGCCGGGAACGGGGAGGUCUCAAUUCGGAUCCAGGGCGGCCCCAACGACUCGGAUGCGGCGGGCGCGGCGUCUACCGGGGCCUCCCCGGGGGACUCGAUCGAGGCGACCGCUGCCACCGAUGUUGACCCGGCCUCCGCGGCUGGGAGGGGUGCUGGUGCCGACGCGGAGGCGGGCGGCGGUGGCAGUGGCGGGGCGACGGGGAAUGGGGCCGGGGACCGCGCCUAUCAACGGUAUGACGUGCACCAUGUCGCGCGUUGGAUCGAGCAGAUACUACCAUUCUCGCUGCUCCUGCUCGUCGUCUUCAUACGGCAGCAUCUUCAAGGUUUCUUUGUCACAAUUUGGAUUGCUGCUGUAAUGUUCAAGUCAAAUGAUAUAUUGAAGAAGCAAACAGCGUUGAAGAGCGAGAGAAAAGCUGCUGCGCUUGUUGGAAUUACCUUAAUCUUCAUGAUCCAUGUUUUUGGCGUCUAUUGGUGGUACAGGAACGAUUAUCUGCUUAGACCUCUGUUCAUGCUUCCUCCAAAAGAUAUACCACCAUUCUGGCAUGCAAUUUUUAUCAUCAUGGUCAAUGAUACAAUGGUCCGCCAGGCAGCAAUGGCCGCAAAGUGCAUAUUACUUAUGUAUUACAAGAACAGCAGAGGCCGUAACUACCGUAGGCAGGGACAAAUGCUAACCCUUGUGGAGUACCUUCUACUUCUAUAUCGUGCAUUGUUGCCGACGCCUGUUUGGUACCGUUUCUUUCUGAACAAGGAAUAUGGGAGUCUGUUCUCAUCCUUAACCACUGGGCUAUACCUCACUUUCAAGUUGACUUCGGUAGUUGAGAAGGUUCAAUCAUUCUUAUCUGCAGUAAAAGCAUUGUCGCGUAAAGAUGUGCAUUAUGGGUCUUAUGCGACAGCAGAACAGGCAAUUGCUGCUGGUGAUAUGUGUGCCAUCUGCCAGGAGAAGAUGCAUGUUCCUGUUCUCCUUCGCUGUAAACAUAUUUUCUGUGAGGAUUGUGUCUCUGAAUGGUUUGAGCGAGAACGGACUUGCCCCUUGUGUAGAGCGUUGGUAAAGCCUGCUGACAUUCGGUCAUUUGGUGAUGGUUCUACCAGUCUUUUCUUCCAGCUCUUUUAGACUUUAAUUGGCAAACCCUAACAUAUAACAAUGACAAGCAAUUGCCUGUAGGGGGGAAAAGAUUAGAAAUCCUUCCUUAUCAUGUGGCACCAUUGUCGCCAUAUGUACCGAGGUCAAUGUGAGAAUGUUCAUUAAAAUUGUCUUACUACAAACCAUUCUGUUUGUCCAUAUAUUCAAGCGACAGUUAGAGAGCUGGUCGGUUGCAGUAUCAGCAUAGCUUGCAACAAAAGAUCCGGAGCUGGAAUGAUGCUGGAUGAGUGAUAGAGUAAAUGCGAAUCCCUGAAUUGACGGAUCGCAUCCUGCUGUUGGCUUUUAUGUAAAGUUUGGUAAAAAAAUCACAAGUGAUGUGUCUUGGUGUAUAAUUGGUACUGGAGCCUGCAAGUUCUGUUUGCUAGCAGUGAUUCUGUUUGGCAAGGUGGUAGAAAUGUAACCUGUAAAGCUUUGGUACAUGGAGUUGAAAACCAUAUAAAAUUGUAAUUGUACUUGUAACAAACAGUAAAUAUUACGAGGACCACAAUUUUACACAUAUCUUAAAUGAGUUGGUACCGUUGUAAGGUGAAA